AUGGCGACGAAGGCUAAGGACAAGUCUUCGGUCGUGAAGAGGGGAACGAAAAGAGAUACGUUGACGAAAGAGAGCAAGAAAGCAUCGAAGAAAACUACAUCCAAAGUUUCUUCCAAAAGCCAGGAACUUGUGGUGGACUCGGAAGAUGAUGAUGCUGCACCAGAAUAUCGAGCUGUGGGAAAAUCGGUCGCUCAGCCUGUGCCUGUACAGUCUGCUGCUACAGAUGCUGGCAAGGAAUCGGAGGCAGACGAGGAUGAAAGCGAAGAUGAAGACGACGACGACGACGAUUCAGAAGAGGCAAGUCAGACUUCAGCACCACGCCCACCAACCAAGGUGCCUGCAAACAUCAACGGCGUCAAGCGAUCUGCGUCCGAAGCCAGUGGGUCAGAAGAGGGAUCGGAUGAGGAAAGUGCAGACGGGUCCUUGGACGAAGAGCCAGCCAAGAAGAGGACGAAGGCUGAUGCAGGUGCGGGCCCGCAAGGAGGACAUACUGUCAUCACGAAGGCCAAAGAGAAGAGCUACAGUAGCACGACAGCACCAGGUUCUGCCUCUGGUACGGUCGAGCAAGCCAGCGACACUGCGCCUAUAGAGCCACAGCCUUUUGAGGUUCCACCGGGAUAUGUUGCGGUAGACAGUGCCGCCGGUGGCGAUCCUGAUAUCACAGCUUCAUCACUAGCAGGCAAACAGAUAUGGCACAUCACAGCACCUUCCGACCUUCCACUCACAUCGCUACACAACAUCGCGCAGUCCGCUCUACAGGACGGCAAAGUCCUGCUGAACCAUAAGGGCGUGGACUACACGAUCGCAGACGAUCCGACCAAUAACGAGCUUUCAGCACUGCUACUGAGCAAUGGCAGCACCCUCGAACCAGUCAAGCAAAGAGCAACACGGAAUCUGCGAAUACAACAACGGAUAGACCUGCCCAACCUCAGUCGGAAACAGGCGAAACAGAUGACUGGUAGUGCUGCUGCAGCAGAGGUGGCACGAGCACCAAUCAGCACUAUACGACUACAACCCAAAGGAUUGCGUAUGCGCUUCCAUCCUCUGGGUGUCAAAGACUCGGCGAAUGUAGCUUGGGACGACGACGAGGCUCUGGCAGACGCAGCACCAGCAAAAGGCACUUCGUUCCAAUUUCCACGGGCACUCGGCGCGAAUGGUGUCUCUGAGUCGCAAAAUCCGACCACGACCAGAGUAGAGGCGGAAGGAGACAGCUCAAUAAAGAAGCCGAAGAAGAAGCGGAAAGAGAAGGCGUUGGCGAAUGGCACGAGUAGCACGAACGAGGCGGCAGAGGCUUCACAUCAGGACGUCGCUGCUGCCACAGUAGCUGCCACGCCCGCCACGAAAGUAGUGGCCCCAGAGACGGAUGGCGACGUACAAAUGACUGGAGUCGAGAAUACAGCGUCGAAGCCGAGUAAAGAGGAGAAAGCUCGACGGAAAGGAGAGAAGAGGUUGAGGAAGGAGGCGAAGCUCAAGGAUAAGACGGCGUAG